UAGACUUUGCGCAUGCGCCGUGAACCACCGUGUUUUUUUUCCCCAGCUUCAGAAAAUAUGUUGCCUUAGUUGAAAAUCGGCAGCUGCUGUACAGAGCAGAGGCACAGGCAAAGUGCAAUAUCAGAGCGUUUUACACGAACUUAACACCACGACAAUCCUGCCUCUCAGUGGAUCAUAGUAAGGUUGAAAUCGGAUAACAUGAAGUCAUUUCCUCUUGCCUCGUAAACCAGAUCGUUUUAUGGAGAAGCAGCUCACCCCCGUGUGUUUUGGAUGAUCUCCCACAGCCAGGUCCACGUAUUGAGAUGAUCUAUUUCUGUGAUGGCGAAGGGUCUGUUUCCUCGGGCCUGGGUGAAAAAGUCUUUCUACUUCCAGGCUCGGAUCUCCUUUGUGCGGGUGAAGUACCUGUUUCUCACAUGGCUGACGGUGCUUGUUGGGAGCUGGGUGAUCUAUGUGCAAUACUCCACCUACACCGAGCUGUGCAGAGGACACGAGUGUAGGAACGCCAUUUGUGAUAAAUACAGGAAGGGAAUCAUCGAUGGCUCCGCCUGCAGCAGUCUGUGUGACAAAGAAACACUCUACCUUAGCAGGUGUCUCUCAACCCUGCCGAAUAACCAGGUAUACACAGGAAGCUGGGGGGACCGCGAUGGGGUCAUCCGCUGUAAGUUGGGGGAGGUGGUGCACUACGAGCUGGGCGAGGAGCCAGAGCCGAGGAAAGAAGUCCCUGUGUUCGACAAACCCACCAGAGGAACAUCCGUGGAGAAGUUUAGAGAGAUGGUGUUUAAUCAUCUCAAGUCGAAGCUUGGAGAGCAGGCCAGCCUAGCCAGCCUUGUUAGCCAGAUCCUCUCUGUCGCUGAUGGCAACAAAGAUGGACGGGUGUCACUGCCAGAAGCCCGCUCUACAUGGGCCCUUCUACAGAUGCACGAGGUUUUGCUGGGCCUGCUGCUCCAGGACCGUGGACACACUCCUCGCUUCUUGGGUUACUGUGGCGACUUGUACAUGACUGAGCGAGUCCCCUACGGGCCCCUGUACGGUUUGCCUCUACCCUGGCCUCUGGUAUCGUGGGUGCCCAGUGGCGUGCAGCGUACCAUUGACCAGUGGUUCACCCCCUCGUGGCCCCGUAAAGCAAAGAUCUCCAUGGGGCUGCUGGAGCUGGUGGAGGACAUCUUCCACGGCACGUACGGCAGUUUUCUGAUCUGUGACGUCGCAGCAGCUCACUUUGGUUACACCGACCGCCACGAGCUCCGUCUGACCAACACCCAAGCAGUGGUCCCAGAGGACGAGUUUAAACGCUCCAUGCGGGUGCUGAAGUGUGAGACGGAUGCUGACUGUGUGUACGGGGUUGACUGCCAGACGUCGUGUGACGUGGCAGAGAGACGUUGCAGGGAGGAGCCGCUUCAGCCAAACUUGGCGAAGGCGUGCGGUACGCUGAAGGACUACCUCCUGCGGGGGGCGCCAUAUGGGCUGAGAGAGGAGCUGGAGAGGCAGCUGUAUGCCUGUAUGGCUCUGAAGGGGAAUGCUGGACAGAUGAACAUGGAGCACUCGCUCAUCCUGAACAACCUUAAAGCUCUGCUGUGGAGACAGAUCUCGCACACCAAGGACUCGUGAUGAAGACAUGAAGUCCCCUCUGUGAUCAGGCCAGUGUGUUCCUCACAUGGAGCUGAGGACUAAAGAUGCUGUGAUUUAAGAAUAACAAAUACAUGAAGACAUUUUUAUCAAAUCUUAACACUUGCAAUGGUCAGACUGAAGGAGAAGCUACCUCCUUUUUUUGAAGUCUGAAGCCUGAAAAACAUGUCAGCAAACUUUUUGAUUUGAGGACUGAAGAAAACCGAAUGAUUGCAUGUCACCAUCAGUCGCACUUAAAAUAUGCAGCCACAUUUGGUAUUUGUAUUGUUCACCGUAGAGGAAUGUUAGAAGAGCACUGUUGGAAAAACUAAAAUGAUUUUUUUUUAAAUCUCAAGAGAUGCUUCCUCCACGAGAUGUUGCUGAAAUUGAUGGGCUUACAAAGUUAGUUAGAAUGAAAAAGAUUUAAAAAUCAUGUAAUGAAAUAGCACUGUUUUUGGUGAUAUUCCAUAUUUUUAUUUAUUUAUAGAAAAUUCAAUGAAAAGACAAAAAACAGUUCAACUCUCAGCUCCCCUCAGUGCUCCUCAGAAUACCCCAAGGACUUUCAGUGGGGGUUCAAACAACAAAUUAAUAGCCGUCAGCUGUAUUUUCUUGCACCUGUGCAUUUCUAAAAAGUGAGGGUAAAUCAGUGGAUUUGUUUGGGGCGCUGGCUGGCCUAGCAGUUAACUUGCAUGCCCCAUAUACAGAGGCUGUAGUCCCCAGCGGGCAAUGGUUGGACUCCCAGCCACGACUCUUGGCUGCAUGUCUCCCCUCUCUUUCUACACUCCCCACAUCUCCUGUCUCUCUUCAGCUGUCCUAACGAUACAGGCAAAAACAUCAUGGAUUCUUUAGACUUACUGUACAGAGUUGAAUAUUAAUGAAGGUGACAUGUUACUUGUUGCUGCCUUUUCAAACUAAUCUGGGUCUUUGGACCUGGAUUUCAAAUUCAAUGAAGCUAUUACUGAGUGCCAUGUAGGGUUACAUGCAAGCAAGUUUUCAUGCAAUAAUGAAUUUAUUCAGAGGUGUUGACUUGACUUAAAGCAAAAUUGUUGCUUACUUUCUGAGUUCUUGUUCUAACUUUAGAGUUGGAGUUUUCAUUUGUUGUUACUUUUUACCAUACAGCACUCCAACAAUGCAAAAUAUACUUAUACUACGCUCUCUACCACUACUACGAAGAACUCCACUGAUGUGAUAAAUAGUAUUCCUCAGCAGUUUAUGAAGGUUACACUAACUGGAGUAAAUAACGUAGCUGAACGGGACUACUUUCAGCUGCGGAUGAACACACAAUGAGUGUAAUAGUUUGUAUUUUAAGUAGCAGUACCAUAUGUAUAAGGUCAACAAAACUAUAUCUGUUUCCAGUGUUGAUGAAGAAACAUGUGACCCAGUGCAACGCUAUCUAAUUCUCCAUACUUUAGAUCAAACUGCUGUUACCUGAGCACAGAGAGGACUGUGUUGGACUUUAGCUGCACACACAUUACAUAAAGAUGAAAUCAUUGCUGGUCUGGUUUUCAGGGUUAAGUUGAAAAUUAGAAAAAAUAUAGAAUAUCACCAGAUUUAAAAAAUGUAACCAACACUGCCUCUGUAUAGAGUCAAAGACUUAGAAAAUGAACGCCAAGGAGCAAUGAAGCUGCUCUGGUUUCUUGUGAAGGCUGUCUCGUCUCCAUGUUAACAUUUCAAAGACACUGUGAUAUUUGUCUGUCAGUAUUUCACAGAGGUCUUAUGUCUGUCAGUGUACAUCAGUUUGCUGUACAUCUUCUACCAACAUCAUCGUUGCUGCAUCAAUGACAAAGAGAAAUAUUGAUGUAUUUCAUCUGGUUUUUGAAGGUUUUGUAUUUUUUAAGGAUCAUUGUAUCAGUGUGCUGUUUAACAUUAUUUUUAGACUCCAUGUCUCAGUGCCAUAGCGUCAUGCUGAACUCAUUUCUGAAUGUUUACCACCUUUGAUGGUGGAAACCUCGAUGUAUUUGAAUGCUUUUUAUGGAGGAGUAUUUUCCAGUUUCCUUUCCAGACGUUGCUGUGACAAAGCUGACCAUGACUCAUUUUACCACUUAAACGUGCACUUCUGAACAGACGUGACCGGUAAAGCAUGUCCAGCUUGUGGUCAAUGCUGCUGUUUGAAGUUUGAAAAUGUAAAAAAUGUUUACUUACUGAAGAAACCAGCAUGAUUUUGCACAAUUAAACUACACACCACUUCACUGUAA